CAGAUACUUGUACAGUUGCUGAAAGUCGAGAUGGACAAUACCUUUCUGAGAAUUAUAUUAAUAAUCAUACCCCUUUACGAUGGAAAUACGCUAAAUAUCAUGAAUGGAAUUAUCCACAAUGUUCGGGAUAUUCUAAGCUUAAUAUUGAUAUUGCUAUUGAUAUCGCACAUUAUAAAGGAGGUAAAUGCUUGUCAGAAAAAUAUAUUGAUAUAAAUUCUCCGCUUUUAUGGGAAUGUACUAAAGGACAUCAAUGGAAUACAAAUCUUAGAUGUGUAAGAAAUUUAAAUACAUGGUGUCCUUAUUGUUCGGGUCGCUAUUCUUGUAAUCUUGAACUUGCUAAAAAAGUGGCAAAUGCUAUGGGAGGUGAUUGUCUUUCUGAAAAAUAUAUUAAUGCUAUCACACCACUCUUAUAG